AUGAAGCUGUCACUCCUCCUCAUUGCCGUCCCCGCGGCACAGGCCGCGGUCUCAUACAUGUCAGCCGUUCCCGACAAGCUCAUGGCCAUGGUCGAGGCAUCAGAAGACUGCAACCUACCCGAUGACUUCCAGAUCCAAAACUUUACCGCCGAAUCAGCGGAUGGCAAGACGGCGGACUCGCUCGACUUUACCUUCAACGACGACAGCACCGUUCUCAACACGCAGUGCCACCUCAACGCCUCAUCGGUACCGGUGUCCGGUGACGGGCGGACACCGAGGUACGCUUGCGACAACGCUAGUGUGCAAUUCAUCUGGCAGAAUGGCACGAUCACAGUCAUCGAGAAGGUUUGCCCUGGUGACGACGGUGCCGCCGACUACGAGGCUUCCGGGACGGCCGCGGUUCCGUUGGUGUGCGACGGAGGUGCCGCGAACGGGACGGGCAAUGCCGCCAGGUCACACAGGCGUGCAAGGAGGGCAGCCGUUGCAUGCAAGUCCAACUCGGACGACAUCCGAUCGAGAUUCUUCAGCAUCCAGCCGGUCCCAAAGGGUCAGCAGGACUUCAAGAGGGUCCUUCCCCGGCAGCCACAGGGGAAGAGGGCCACCCAGGACCAACCGUUUGUCGGCAAGCGUCGCUUGGCCGCGCCUCUCCGCAUUUUGCAUGGAAGGCACGCCGUGCUUAGCACCUUCUUCACUGCCGCUUCCCUCAAUUCGCUCCAGGUUUCUCUCUGGAUGACGGAAUGA